AUGGAGACGUCGGUGGACCGCACCAACAACCGAGUCUCGUACACGCAGAGUAACCCGCUGUUCGACAUGUCGCUCAGCAGGACUGACCUGUACAACUUCCAGCCUGACGAUCUGAAGCCGGCGAGGCCGAGACGACAGUGGUGUUUAAACGUGAUCAUCGUUUACCUCGUCCUGCAGACCGGCCUGAACGCCUUCCUCAUUUAUAAAGUUUUCACGUUGGACUCAUCGUCGUCGACCCUCGGGGCUCAGAAGCAGACGUCCAAUCACAUCCCUCAGGGAGGAGAACCGAGCGGCGAUGACACCCUCCAAACUCUCGUCCGCAACAACAGUGAAGAAACCAAAACCCUGAGGGGUCAGCUGUGGGCGCUGGACAGCCAGGUCAAGAACCUCUGUGCAGAGGAGGGUCAGCUGGGCAGGAUGAGGUCUGACCUGAAGAUGCUCAACUCAAGCGCCCGAAACCUGGAGGACAAACUGAUCAACCUCAAACAAGGACCUCCAGGUCCUCCGGGAAGAGACGGGCUUUCAGGACAGCCGGGCACACCUGGAGACAGAGGCCUCAAAGGUGACAUCGGUGACGCUGGCCCUCAAGGACUAAAGGGUGACAACGGACAACCCGGACAGUCAGGAGCUCCGGGUCCCAGAGGACCACCUGGACCUGCAGGAGCCCCAGGGAAUCAAGGACCAGGAGCUAAGGGAGAGAAAGGAGCACCUGGGGGCCCAGGCCUUCCUGGACCCAAAGGUGACCCCGGCACCGCCGGGCAAAAAGGAUCUUCUGGAUCUCAAGGUACCACUGGGCUACAAGGACAGAAAGGAGAUUCUGGUCCACCGGGACCUCAAGGUGCAUUGGGACCUCCUGGUGCCAAAGGAGAUCAAGGUCCAGCUGGACCACCAGGUGCCAAAGGAGAGAGGGGAGACCAGGAAGCGAAUGUGCGUCUCGUGCCGUCUGGAUCCCGAGGCCGUGUGGAGGUGAAGGUAAACGGGGCCUGGGGCACCGUGUGUGACGACAACUUUGGCACCCCAGACGGCAAGGUGAUCUGCAGGAUGCUGGGCUUCCAGACCGCUACUGACACCUUCACUGCCCCCCCAGGCACUGGAAAGAUCUGGCUGGAUGAUCUGAAAUGUACAGGAGCAGAGUUGGAUAUCAUGGACUGCCCACAUCCUGGAGUCGGCGUCAACAACUGCCAACACAGCGAGGACGCCGGAGUGCAGUGCGCCUAG